AUGGAUCCUGAAAAUGGCUCUUUUGUGACUGAAUUCAUUUUGGUGGGUUUAACAGACCAACCGAACCUGCAACUUCCUUUGUUCUUUCUGUUUCUAGUAAUGUAUGUGCUCACUGUGUUGGGAAAUUUGGGUUUGGUAAUUCUAAUUGGACUUAAUUCAAACCUUCAUACCCCUAUGUACUUUUUCCUCUUUAACUUGUCCUUCAUAGACCUUUGUUAUUCUUCUGUGUUUACACCCAAAAUGCUAAUGAACUUCAUAUUUAGGAAGAAUGUUAUCUCUUACAGGGGAUGUAUGACCCAGCUUUAUUUUUCAGUUUUUUUUUCCAUUUCUGAAUGUUACAUGCUGACAUCAAUGGCUUAUGAUCGCUAUGUGGCCAUAUGUAAAUCCCUUCUGUAUAGCAUUGCCAUGUCCCCUAAAGUGUGUUCCAAUCUUAUCCUUGGUUCCUACUUGAUGGCCUUUUCUGGUGGCAUGGCCCACACUGGUUGCAUGCUGACACUGGCUUUCUGUGAUGUGAACAUAAUCAACCACUAUUUCUGUGACAUCCUUCCUUUAUUCCAGCUCUCCUGUACCAGCACCUAUGUCAAUGAACUUGAGGUUUUUAUUGUGGUUGGAAUCAACAUCACUGUGCCCAGUUUCACUAUUCUUAUAUCUUAUGGUUUCAUCCUCUCCAGCAUCUUUCACAUCAGCUCCACUGAGGGCAGGUCUAAAGCCUUCAGCACCUGCAGUUCCCACAUAAUUGCGGUUUCCCUGUUCUUUGGUUCAGGUGCAUAUAUGUAUCUCAAGCCAUCUUCUGCCAUGUCAUUGGAUGAAGGUAAAAUCUCUUCUGUCUUCUACACCAACACAGUUCCACUGAUGAAUCCCUUAAUAUACAGCUUAAGGAACAAAGAUGUUAAAGUUGCCCUGAGAAAAACCCUGUGGUUCUAA